AUGUUAGAUACCUCUGUCUCAUCAACUAACUAUUCGGAUUAUACCCUACCCAUCACCAUGGACUCUUUCUUCCUCAAACCCAUGCUAGCUUCUCAGAACCACACAUUAAUGCAGAGCACUGUGGUGGUGGAGUUCCUGAAGGGCAUGGUGAAGCCUGUGGCUGCCACUGCGGUGGUGUUUCUGGCCGUGGUCUUGUCCUUCUACCAGAAGCUUGGCCUCGAGAUGGAGAUGGUUGUUGCCAUUGUCAGGGCAUUUAUUCAACUCUCUAUCAUUGGCUUUGUGUUGCAGUUCAUCUUCAACCAGGAAAACGCCGGAUGGAUCCUUCUAGCUUACCUCUUCAUGGUAUCAGUAGCUGGUUACACUGCAGGUCAACGUGCAAAACAUGUCCCUAGAGGAAAGUAUGUGGCUGGGGUUUCCAUUCUCACAGGAACUGCGGUGACCAUGUCUGUGCUUGUAUUGCUGAACGUGUUCCCUUUCACUCCCAGAUAUAUAAUACCAGUGGCUGGAAUGAUGGUUGGAAACUCGAUGACAGUAACCGGUGUUACCAUGAAAAGACUCCGAGACGACAUCAAAACACAAACGAACUUGGUUGAGACUGCAUUGGCUCUUGGUGCAACACCGCGAGAAGCAACGCAUGAGCAAGUGAAAAAGGCAGUGAUAUUGGCUCUUUCACCAGUGGUGGACAACACCAAAACAGUGGGUCUAAUAUCCCUUCCUGGGGCAAUGACUGGUCUCAUUAUGGGAGGGGCCUCGCCAUUGGAAGCCAUUCAACUGCAGAUAGUGGUGAUGAAUAUGAUGAUAGGUGCAGCAACUCUUAGCAGCAUAGUCGCCACAUACCUCUGUUGGCCAGCAUUCUUCACCAAGGCCUACCAGUUGGAGACCAAAGUCUUCUCUUAUUGA